UUACAAUGUUUCUGGAUUUACAGCAGAGUGGAGGUAAUGUUUGCUGGAUUAUCUAAGAUAAUUACAAUGUUUCUGGAUUUACAGCAGAGUGGAGGUAAUGUUUGCUGGAUUAUUUAAGAUAAUUACAAUGUUUCUGGAUUUACAGCAGAGUGGAGGUAAUGUUUGCUGGAUUAUCUAAGAUAAUUACAAUGUUUCUGGAUUUACAGCAGAGUGGAGAUAAUGUUUGCUGGAUUAUCUAAGAUAAUUACAAUGUUUCCGCUUUCAAAGAAGAGUGGAGGUAAUGUUUUCUAGUAUUAGCCACAAUAAGUACAAUGUUUCUAGUUUAACAGUAGCAAUAACAAUUUCAUUUUUACUCAGGAUAAUUAAAAUGUUUUUGGUAUGUAAGUACAGUUUACAUCUGUUCGAGGUAUAAUGAUGUAUCUACUUGUACUAAAAUCAUUUAUGAAUGGUAAAGUUAUAUACAUAUAUAUAAUUGAAAUGGUGAAGAAGAAGGAUAAGAAUAUUACAGGAAUUUAUCAUGUGACAAUGAACUGAACCAAAGUACAAUAACAUGAUCAUCAUCUAAAUUGUGAAUGGUUGUCAACCAACCAGUCAGAAAGUAGUAUUCAGUGCAAAAGUUUUAAAAGUACACUGUACACUGUAAGUUGUUAAAACUGUCAUUAGAUACAGGAGUCUUGGGAAGUUGAACACUGUUGGAUGUUAGAUCUGUUAUUAGGUACAGGAAACUGGGGAGGUUCAACACUGUAAGUUGUUAAAACUGUCAUUAGAUAGAGGAGACUGGGGAGGUUGAGCUCCGUAAGUUGUUAAAACUGUCAUUAGAUAUAGGAGACCGAGGAGGUUGAACAACACUGUAAGUUUUUAGAUCUGUUAUUAGAUAUAGGAGACGGGAGAGACUGUACACUGUAAGUUUUUAGAUCUGUUAUUAGAUAUAGGAGACUGGAGAGACUGUACACUGUAAGUUUUUAGAUCUGUUACUAGAUACAGGAGACUGGGGAGGUUGAACAACACUGUAAGGUUUUAGAUCUGUUAUUAGAUAUAGGAGACCGAGGAGGUUGAACAACACUGUAAGUGUUUAGAUCUGUUAUCAGAUAUAGGAGACUGGAAAGACUGUACACUGUAAGUUUUUAGAUCUGUUAUUAGAUACAGGAGACUGGAGAGACUGUACACUGUAAGUUUUUAGAUCUGUUAUUAGAUACAGGAGACCGAGGAGGUUGACUACUGUGUUAACGACCACAGGUUUUUAAUGGUAUAUAAUUUCCUAGGAAUAGAUGAUGGGUAUGACCUUGACAGAGAUAUGUUGGCAGCGAUCUAUGAAAGAAUCAAAUCCAGUGAAUUUAAGCCAGGGUCUGAUCAUGUGUCACAGGUUCUCAAGAUUCAACAAGCAAUAGUGGGCAAAAAACCGUUUCAGAACCUUGCGCAGCCUCAUAGAAGACUUAUCUGUUACUACCGACUUUGUGAAGUUUAUGACAUUAAUAGGAAAGCAAGAGAGGGUCUUCAUAAACGAGAAGUGUUCCUUUUUAAUGACAUUCUGAUGGUUACUAAAAUCAUGAGCAAGAAGAAAUCCAUUAUCACGUACACUUUGAGGCAUUUUUUUUCUUUGUGUGAAAUGACAUUUGACCUUUUCGAAACGCCCCAUUAUCUCUAUGGAAUAAGGCUUGCACAAAAGGUUGACAAAAAAGUCUUACUGACAUUUAACGCCAGAAGUAGUCAUGACCGUACUAAGUUUAUAGAUGAUCUGAAGGAGUCGAUCAUAGAAAUGUGUGAAAUGGAAAAAUUUGCGGUUGGAGGCAGAACAGGAGAAACAGAAGUCUGUGAAAAGCAUAGUAGUAGAAAAGAAACAUCGAGGAUCAGUCUCCUUUCACACGUCUUCAUUAAACGCUAGUAGUAAAGACUCAUCAUCACAGAUCGGGUCUGUUGGGGCAGUUCAUGCUCCUCAAACUAAUCUUCCAUCAGAAAAAACAGGUACUCCUAGUGGCAAGUUUUUGAAUCAGCAAACCUUUCUCGGUGGACUGUUUGGAAAAAUAUGUAAAACGCAGAGAAAAGUAAAUGUGAUAUAGACAGCCUGCUGACAGUACAGAUGUUUGAAGUGUUUACUGACUUGCGCAGUGAACAAAUUCGUUAGUGAACUAGUCGACCUACAAUUGGAGUACUUAUGGGGAAAAAACUUGAAGACGUAAUAAAAUAACAAGAAAAUAAUAAGUUUGGAUGCAGGCUUGGAAAGAAAGAAAAUUAAACUAGACUUUUAUUAUACUUUAUGUUUUAAACCCUGAAUAACAUGCUAUUUCCUUGCCAUCUAGUGGUAAGAAAUACGAAUUAUAGAAGUAAUACAUGUAUAAUUUAAUAUUUUAAUAGUAUUACAGAGCAAUUAAUUAUAUAACAAAGUAUUACAUAAUACUUAUGAUGUAAUACCUGUUUAUUAAAGUUUGUACUUAACAGCCGGU